AUUUUAACCUGCAAUUCGCUAAUAUUGCGCGAUGAUGCGCCGUGAUGUGAAACAAAUUACUCGGCGGCGAUUUUUAUUAAUAAAUUCCCCGACAGACUUCGCGAGCGAACAAGUGGAUAAAACCGCGAGCGGAUAACCUCUCUCUUCAUUCCCAAUCUUACCCCGUUAUUUGUGCCACAUUGUGCAUCGUAAGCACGACUACAAAGUGAAAACAGCUGUAAUAAUUAAUUUUCCCAUCGAAAUUCGUGCAAAAACUUUUAAAAUAGCUGCAACGCGCACGGAAUACAAUCAAGUUGUUUCUUUAAUGUCUAACCAUAAUGCUCCCUUUGGUAAUGACGGACGUCAGCAUGUGCCGCCGUUUCCACCCGCCCCCUUUGCCCAACCUGAGUUUCUCACCCUUCAAGAGGUUGAGUCCAGGUUACAACACUCACAGCCACAAUCAAGGCAUAAAAAGUACACACAACCAAUGAUUGACAUCAGCCAUUCCAGUUUACAACCCACUGCCCAGGAAUUUCAACCCACAGUGUUCUACAACACACAGAUUGAGCCUCCAACUCAAUCUAUGGAGCAUACUGGGGCUGUAAGAAGGAACAAGCCUCAACAACAACAGCAGAGACCUAAUUAUAAACCUAGAGAUAACUUUAAGGAGAGAAAACCAAAACUAACUGAAGAUGCUGUUGUUGAUGCACAAAUGGAGAGAAAACAAGCAACUGGCCACAACAGGGACAGAAGGAAACCCAUGCAAGGUCAAAGUCAAGGACAAAGCAGGUAUAAUUAUAAUCAGAAUCAAAAUCAGGAUGCACCUAGUAAUAGCAGCAACUACAAUAAUUAUAAUAGCAACACUAGUAACGGAAAUGGUAACAGUAAAUUUAGGAAUAGAAAUGGGUAUGUAGAAAACUAUAAAAAUUCGCGCGAUAACGCCCCAGAACGAGACUAUCGAGACCGCAAAAAUUAUCGCGAUCGUGAUAAUACGCGUGAUAAUACUUAUAAAGAUAACUGGCGACCGAAUAAAAGCUACAAUGAUAGGUCGUCACAUAAAAAUUGGCGUGAACGUCCUAGUAAUACAAAAAUUGAUGAAAGAGAAAAGAAGAAUGAUGAGAAAUCAACUGACAAUAUGGCGGAAAAGAAAGAUGAGCCAAAACAAUCAGCGCAAACGUCGCAGAAUUUUUAUAACACUGCGCCAUCUAACGAGAAACUUGAGAAAGAAACUUCAUAUAAAAAGAAACUUGAUGCAGCAUCGCAACGGGAACGUUUGGAACACAUGCUUACACAUCGCAUGAUUGAAUGUCUUGUUUGCUGCGAGAAAGUACGCCACACAGAUCGUGUCUGGUCGUGUAAGCAGUGUUUCCACAUUUUGCAUUUGUCCUGCGUACAAAAAUGGGCGAAAUCAUCAAAGUUAGAAAAUGGCUGGCGUUGUCCAGCAUGCCAGAAUGUCCUCAACGCGGUCCCAACCGAUUAUCGCUGUUAUUGUGACAAAUACGCUGAUCCCAAAUUCGAACCCGGUCUUCUAGCGCACAGUUGCGGCGAGGUUUGUCGCCGCAGCGGCCGUAAUUGUGAGCACACUUGUACUUUACUCUGUCAUCCAGGCCCGUGUCCGGAUUGCACAGUGCUUGUACAAAAAGCUUGCGGUUGUGGCGCAACCAAAGCUACAGUCAAGUGUAAUUCAAAUCUUCCGCUGACUUGCGACGCCGUGUGCAACAAGUUGUUAAACUGUGAUAUUCACGUUUGUGGUAAGAAAUGUCACUGGGAUGACUGCCGAAAAUGCACGGAGAAAGUCAAAUUGGAGUGUUACUGUGGCAAACAGGGUAAAAAAGUUGAUUGUGUGUUGGAGACGAAAGAUGUCGCACAUUAUGAAUGCGGUGAUGUUUGCCAGAAACUAUUGGCUUGUGGAAAUCAUAAAUGUGUCAAGCCAUGUCAUUCUGGGGACUGUUCAUUGUGUCCUACGGAUCCUGACAGGAUAAGGAGUUGCCCAUGCGGGAAGAAGAGUUUGAGUCUGGAGAGGAAGUCGUGCCUUGAUCCUAUUCCAUGCUGUGAUAAAGUAUGCGCAAAAGUUUUAAAUUGCGGCCAACCGAAUAAACCUCACCGAUGCGAAGCAACGUGCCACAAUGGCGAGUGCCCUCAAUGUCCGGCGACAACCAUGGUCAGAUGUCGUUGUGGUCACAUGUAUAAAGAAAUCGCAUGCAGGGAUUUAACUACCAAGGCGGAUGACGCGAGAUGUCAGAAGAAAUGCACGAAGAUGCGUAUGUGCUCCAAGCAUAAAUGCAAUCAAUUUUGCUGCAUUGAAAUUGAACAUCGGUGUCCAUUGAGUUGUAAUCGCAAUUUAAGUUGUGGAUUACACAAGUGUGAAUCGAACUGUCAUUCGGGAAGGUGUGAUCCUUGUUGGCACACCAGUUUUGAGGAAUUGUAUUGUGAGUGUGGGGCGACCGUGAUCUACCCGCCUGUACCCUGUGGUACACGUGCGCCUGCGUGCACUAGACCCUGUUCACGUGUUCGACCCUGUGGUCAUGAACCGCAUCAUAUGUGCCACACGGGUAACUGUCCUCCGUGUACAUUGUUUACUACUAAAUUGUGUCAUGGCGGACAUGAAUCACGUGGUACAAUUCCGUGUCAUCAGGAAGAUUUCAGUUGUGGCAUGCCGUGCAAUGCGGAAAUGCCGUGUGGGCAACACAGAUGUGUGCAGGGUUGUCAUAAAGGCGCAUGCCCAACACCGUGCACACAACCCUGCACUGUACCGAAAGUAAACUGUGAGCAUUUGUGUAAUCGGCCGUGUCACGAUGGCCCGUGCCCAACGAAACCAUGCAAGCAACAGGUUGUUACGACGUGUCCCUGUGGUCUGAGGACCGGGACUAAUAUUUGUAUGAAUAUGGCGGCUGAGUAUCAACGCCUCGCGAUGGCGCAGGUUGCAGCCAAGAUGGCAGACUUAAAUCGCGGUCAGGUGGUGGAUAUUGGAGAUGUGGUCAAAGUGCAGAUGAAGGGUGGUGCACAUAAGAUUUUGGAGUGUACUGAUGAAUGCCGAUUGGUUGAGCGUAAUCGUCGCAUGGCGAUUGGUCUACAGUUGAGGAAUCCUGAUUUGAGUGCGAAGUUAACACCAAGGUACACGGAUUAUUUAAAGCAAUGGGCUAAGAAAGACGCAAGGUUUUGCCAAAGCGUGCAUGAUAAACUCACUGAGCUAGUUCAGCUUGCAAAGCAGAGUAAGCAGAAGAGCAGGUCGCAUUCUUUCGAGUGCAUGAAUCGCGAAAAGCGCCAUUUUGUUCAUGAACUUUGCGAACACUUUGGUGUUGAGAGUGCUGCAUAUGAUGCCGAACCAAAUCGGAAUGUCGUCGCUACUGCUUCAAAAGAAAAAUCAUGGUUACCCAGUUGUAGUUUAAUCGAACUUAUACAACGUGAAAACGGCCAGAGAAAAGUUCCCGGGCCAGUGUUGAAGCCCCCAAUGAGAAAUCUAAACGCCCCCAGUGCGGGCACUUCUUCCGAGUCGGUGUCCUUGCGUUUACAAUCAGGUCGCACUGAUAGACCUCGUCCUGCAACUCCACCAGGAGAAUUUAUCGAUUAUUUUGAUAAUCCUCCCGUUUAACAUCCAUUCCUCCUUCUUGAUCCCGCAAAAAAAUACUUUGGAAUUGUACAAACCUCCUUCUUUGACUGACUGACGCGUCGACAACGGAGUUCUCUCAACGACCGUUUUCGAAACAAACCCCAUAAAUUCUUGAACGGAGCCGCGCUGAAAAUAGCCGAAGCUUUGUAACUCGUGCGCGUUCUUGAGGAAUUUCGCGUCCGUGGCACCUUUGAACAGGAUGCUCAAUGCGUAGAUCUUCACCAUAUUGAAUGAAUGUAUGAAGAGGAAUAAAAAUACGUGAACACUU